GGUGCAACAAUUGUACAUACAACAGAAACCUGAAAAAGAGUGAAGAUGGUAGGUGGAUAUUGUCUUUGCUCCUAUAUCUCCGUGUUUGCAUCAUCGCCACCGCCAUUGAAGCGGUAGCAUCCAAGCCUUUUCCAGCAACGUGACUACCUGGCGUCAAGGUGAGGCAGAUUUCACUCGCUCCUUCCCUGUAAGGCUCUGAGGUUGAGUAGGAGGAAGGCGCAUCCACUAGGAAGAUAUUCCACCCCAUCAGCCUUCUUCAACAAACAUCUUCUUCUAUCUUUCUUGUCCUCCUCAUCGAUGCCUUGCUCACGUCCCUUUGUGUACCAUCGGGUCACGCAUCACAAUGUCUUCCAACAAUGGCACUAUCAUCGACCAACCCUCGUUUCUCGAGCCUCUGAAGACUCUCCAUGAGAAUCGAUCUACAGAAGUCUUCAUUCAAGCCUUUGUGGUUGAGAUCCCAGCCAAGCUGACCAGCAAGGCAUUAGGAAUCGUCAAACCCAUCAUCCCAUCGGGAGGAAAGCACCCAUCCUUCAGCCAUCUUCGACGCAUUUGCACCCUCAAUCACCUGCCUAUUGAUUUGGCGUGGCGCCGUGACUACGACUCCAAUGGUCUUCAAACCUCCUUUCUGAUCUUACCCAACACCACCGUGUCAUGGGACGAUAUCAAAGCCACUCUCCAACCCCACAUUGACAUCAUUGGCCUGCCACGUUGCUUUGAUGCCGUGGUCCCACGAUUUGCCCCUCUCAAUGCUGAGCAAGCCAGCCUCUGGACAGAACGUUACUGGCCCACCAUUUACAACCCGGCAGCGCAGGUCCUCCAAGAUGCUCCACCCAUCAAUCAGUUGCGUAAAAUCCGGACUGCCUUGGAAGUUCCCAACACUGACAAGUACAUGAAACUGGCAAUUCGUGCUGCUGAAGAGGCCAAGGCAGGCGGUCAUGGAAGAGCUGUUGGUGCUGUUGUCGUGGAUCCUGAGACUGGCAACGUGGUUGCUGUCGCUGGUGACGCACGCUGGGCAACGGUCGACGACGCUGCUCGAGACGAACUGAAAGCCAUAAAUCAUGAAGGAAGACCCGAGUAUCAUGCCCUCAUGAGGGUCAUUGCAAUGGUAGCAAACAAGGAAUUAAGACGCCGCAUCAAGGCUGGAACCCAUACCAGAUUCCUGGCUACCUGCACCGAAACUCCUUCCGGUCAGGCUCUGACUCCGAUCGAACAGCAAUACGAAGAUGACGAUGGAGUAUUGCAAGACAUCACCGCGGGCAUUGGCAACGUGGCUCUCGCCGAUGUUGCCAGUACGGAUAUGCCGAGCAAGCAGUCUGGACCUCGAAAUGAGGGUUACCUCUGCAGUGGACUUGAUGUCUACCUCACGCAUGAACCAUGUGUGUGCUGCGGCAUGGCCAUGAUUCAUUCACGCUUCCGAGCCUGUGUUCUCGCAAAUCGAUUGAAAGGAAGUGGCAGUCUGACUUCUGAAGCAGGGGAAAAGAAUCUUGCCUAUGGACUCUUCUGGAGGAGGGAGCUCAACUGGCGCGUCAUGACAUUCCAGCACACAAAGGCAUCCACAUUGAGCGGCAAAGGUCGGAUUGAGGCUGGAAUAUUCCAUGCUUAGGAAGUCAAUUAUUCGGAAUAUGGGACAUUGAAAUUAGGCGAACUCUGCAACUCUGGUCCAGUCGCCCACAUUCUUUCUACGAAACUCGACGCCGUCACCAAAGUAACCAGCACUGUUCCACUGCUGCAUGGUAUUAGCAUCAUACGGACCAUUAAUGGUUCCACCAUCUCGAGCAUCGGUCCACCUGUAUUCCCAGAGCUGUUCAGUGGGUUCGAGGUCGUCGUCAACGCUGGGCUGUGUAGCGUCAAUCCAAUCUUCAC